UGAUUCCGAACUCCCCUCCGAGUUCUCACCUAAUUUUGUCUUUUUUGGGUGCUUGAUCGGGUCCGGGCCAUGCUCCUGUGUGUACCAGCCACCGGACCGUGUGUUUCUGCAUGAUUUGGUCGAAUAUCUCCCGCGUCGAGCGCCGCGUUCCAUCGCAGUUUGAAUCUGGCCGUCGGGCACGUGGGAGAGGUCGCAAAUGACUAUGUCCAAACUGUCGUUUCGUGCUCGUGCGCUGGAUGCAUCCAAGGCGAUGCUCCUGUACUUCGCCGAGGAGCUACCGGACCUCCCGGAGGCCUCGAUAAACCGGGCCGUGCCUCAAAUGCCGACCGGAAUGGAAAAGGACGAAGAAAGCGAGCAUCACCUUCAGCGUGCGAUCUCAGCAAGGCAGAAGUAUGGAGAGACUCCAGAAGCUGUCAUCCCUGUGCCCGAGGUCCAAGAAUGUACAGAAACCUAUUACUGGCUUUAUUCAGACAAUUACAGGAUGCCCCGUUCUCUCAUUCAUGUCCAACCAUUUUCCAUGGACCAAGACAUCCCGGAUUAUGACAUGGACAUGGAGGAUGAAGGAUGGUUCCAAGAACACAAGAAGAAGUCAGACGUCCCCUUGUCCCGUCUCCAAUUUGAGGAGAUGAUGGACCGGUUGGAGAAAGGCAGUGGGCAGCAGAGCCUCAGUCUCAAGGAGGCUCGCAUGCUCCUUAAGGAGGACGAUGAUCUCAUCACAGCUGUCUACGAGUACUGGCUCGCCAAGCGGCAACGCACUGGCCACCCCUUGAUCCCAAUGAUGAAGCAGGACAAGGGCAUGUCAACGUCAGCUGCUUCAGCGAACCCGUACAUUGCAUUCCGCAAACGCACCGAGAAGAUGCAGACCAGGAAGAACCGCAAGAACGACGAGAGUUCUUAUGAGAAGAUGCUCAAGCUGCGUCGUGACCUGACACGCUCUGUCACUCUCUUAGAAAUGGUCAAGCGGCGGGAGAAGCUCAAGCGAGAAAAUCUGCAUCUCACCAUUGAGAUCCUUGAAAAGAGGUACCAGGUACAGGACUUUGACGGCCGGGUCCUGAAUUCCGUUUCUAGUCAGAAGGCAGUUCGCCCUGUCUUCACGCCCCUUUCCAGCAACUUUGUCAGCAAAAAAGAAGAGACGACGCCAAAGCAGGAGAAGCGGGCGUACAAGAAGCGAAAGCGGAAAGAGUCCGUCGUGGGCGAGGUCCAGGCGCUGUCUUCCAUCGGGGAGUUGGCAUCUGAAGGGAGUCUGGAGGCUGGCCCAGCUCUCAGGGGCUCCUGCUCGCCGACGCUCUGGGAGGACUCUGACGUCAAAUCUCCGUUUCCCUUCCGGCGCAAAUCCUCAUCCCUUUCAUAUCAUGCUUUAGGGUUUUCUUACCCAGUUGCAGAGUGGUGUGCGAUGCGCAUUGCCUCUAGAUGA